AUGGCAAAUGUGAAUAUCGAUCGAUUGAAAACAUUAUUUAUAUCACAUGAUCUCAUAUAUACUAUUUUGAGUAUAGCAAUCAUUUGUCUUCUUAUAUUAACCAUCGUCUAUGCUAGUUUAUGGCGUAAUAAUAAAACUUCUUUAAAUACUUCUACAUUUGAAAAUGAAAUUAUUGGUUAUCCUAUUCGUUUACCAAAUGAUGAUCAAUAUGUUCAAUGGAUCUUUUUACAAAUGAAUGAUAUUUAUGAGUUAUUACCACUUGAUGGAGGACGAAAAGGUGGUUUAGCUCGUGUUGCUUAUAUACGAAAAUUAUUAAAACAAGAAAAUUCAAAUACAUAUACAAUUCUUGCGGGUGAUCUUCUUUCUCCAUCGGCUUUAAGUUUAUCAAAAGUUAAUGGAACAGCUUUAAAUGGAAAACAAAUGAUUGCAACAAUGAAUACUCUUGGACUUGAUUUUGCAACAUUUGGAAAUCAUGAAUUUGAUUUAUCUGAAAAAGAUUUACUUAAUCGAAUGAAUGAAUCAGCAUUUACUUGGAUUAGUACUAAUGUAUUUCGUCUUGAUAAUAAUCAAACAUUUGGAUCAAGUAUUUCUUACAAAAUAAUUUCUAUUGAUACUGUUCGAAUUCUUCUCAUUGGUAUAACUAUGGAUGGAAUUGACAGCUAUGUUAGAAUUGUCAGUCGGUCAUCAUUAGUCAAUUAUAUUCAAGAAUUUUUAAGAUCAUUUUCAAAUGCAUCAUAUGAUGUACUUGUUGCUAUUACUCAUGUACCAAUGGAAACAGAUAUUCAAUUUGCUUCUAGUAUUCCACAAAUUAAUCUGAUAAUGGGUGGUCAUGAACAUGAUAAUUAUUAUUACUUAAGAGGAACAAAAUAUGUACCAAUUUAUAAAGCAGAUGCUAAUGCUUGUACCGUUUAUAUACAUCGUUGUGCUUAUAAUUUGAAUACAAAACGUUUUCGUAUUUAUAGUAUGUUAGCACAAGUGACAUCUGAAAUACCAGAUGAAGAAAAUACAGCAGCAGUAGCAAAGUAUUGGUUUAAUUUAGGUAUUGAAGGAUUUCGAAUAUUAGGCUAUGAACCAAAUGCAAUUGUAUCAUGUCUACCCGUUGAUAUUGAACUAGAUGGUAGAGCUGCAUCUGUUAGAAGUUCUAUAACACUUUUAACUGCUAUAAUAUGUGAAAGUAUGUUACAAUUAACAGAAAUAAAUAGAACAACUAUUGGAAUUAUUAAUGGAGGAGCAAUACGUAUUGAUGAUAUUCUACGUAACACAAUUACACAAUAUGAUAUUUUACGUGCGUUACCUUUUGUAAAUCUGAUUGUUGUUCUUUCUGUUCCUGGUCAAUUACUUGCUCAAAUUCUUACUACUGGUAUAUCUUUAAAAGGAAGUGGUAUGUUUCUUGCGUAUACUAGAAUAGAAACAUUAGAUGAUGGUAAAACAUGGUUACAUAAUGGAACAGAUAUAUCAAAAAGUAGUCUUUACUAUAAUGUAGUAACAAUAGAUUAUAUACGUCGUAAUACACAAUUCAACAAUAGAGAUGUUACUACAUUAUAUGAGACUAAUGUAACAUUGACAAAAUGUUUUAUGGAAUAUUUAAAAAGCAAAUAUCCUCCUUGUUAG